UUCGGCAAGGAGCCUAAGUAAAUGGACGGUUUCUUUAUGUGUUGCUGGUUUAGCUAGUUAGCGUUACGCUUUUGAGAACAAACCACUCGAAGCCUUACGAAGGUUGAAACUCCAGCAAAGAGACGAUGGACCAAAACACACUCAAACGUAGAGCAACUGGCAUACAAAAAGCUGCAACAAAGAUGUCUAGACGAAGCGUUCGCCUGCUGAGGAGAUCUGAAAACGCCACAUGUCAGAGAGGCAAAGUAACCAAGCAAAGCAACAGGAUAAAGGCCCAGCCUCUGUCAAAGCUGCAGUGUGAAAAGAACCAGCUGGUACUUAAAGGUGUCGCCAAGCCGCCCGUUCUCAUCGAUACCUCUGAGAAGGGAGUCUGGGAGGACGCAGCGCCGCCUCACACACAUUCUUUGGUGCGGCCGUCUCCUCUGCCCAAUCUGGGAUGGGGGUCUCAUGAAGAUGUGUGGGUGAAGAUGGUCGACAGGGAGAAGAAUUACAGACACAGCAAGAACUUCAUGCAGAAACACCCCAAAAUACAACCCAGAAUGAGAUCCAUACUCCUCGACUGGCUAAUUGAGGUGAGCGAGGCCUACACUCUGCAGCGGCAGACGUUCUACCUGGCCCAGGACUACUUUGACCGCUUCAUGCUGACCCAGGACAACAUAGAGAAGGGCAUGCUGCAGCUCAUUGGGAUCACGUGUCUCUUCAUAGCAUCAAAGAUGGAGGAAGCCCAUCCUCCGACGCUCUUGCAGAUGGCCUACGUGACUGCAGGGACCUACUACGAAGAGGAGAUUCUUCAGAUGGAGUUAAUCAUUUUGAAGGCGCUGAGCUGGAACCUUUGUCCCGAGACGGGCAUCUCCUGGCUGAAGCUCUACUUCCAGCUGGCGUCAAUGAGCGCCGGCUCUGACCUGCUGGAGCCGCAGUUCCCGCAGGACGCUUAUGUACAAAUGGCCCGGCUCUUAGACCUGUGUAUCCUCAACAUAAACUCUCUGGACUUUGAGUACAGAGUGUUGGCUGCCUCCGUCCUGAGCCAUUUCAUUCAAAGGGAAACGGCUGAGACGGUUUCAGGCCUGUCGCGAGACGCCGUCCAGCCGUGUGUGGACUGGAUGGCUCCCUAUGUGGAGUCUGUGAACUGGUUCGGCAGAGCGCCGCUGAAGGAUUUUGCGGGAAUAAAGGAAGAAAACAGACACGAUGUCCAGAUGCACACAAACUACAUGAGCAUGCUGGACGUCUGUCAAAAAGAGGAAAUCAGCCAGUUCCUCACUCCUCCCAACAGCACAGAGAAGUCCUGCACACACUGAACCUCAGCAGGGAAGCUCCGGAGGAAACAGGAAGUGACGGACUCUCGUUUACUGGAAAGAGCCUGG